AGGGUGGACUAUCCUCCUCCACAUAGAGCACAAGUGACACAGUGAGUUUUGGCGUCUCUGUGACGUCACCGUAUUGUUAAAAACCCAGAACGCGGAGCAGCAGCCCACAGACUACCUUCUAUUAAGUGUCAAACUUCUCCACCACGCAACUAACCGCGAUCAAUUUCAUCUUCUAAAGUGUCAACAAACCAGCGAUGUCAAAUCUCCUCUCCCAGGAAAUCAAACCCAGACAAACCUGAGAGCAAAGAGAGCUGCAUCAGACAUGCCACCACCCAGUGCUGCUAAAACGCCUCGAUUUGAUGCUGCACCUCACAAACACACAACACAAUCCCUCAUCACUAGUGCAUUAGAAACACUGCAGGAUUCUUGUGAUGAUGUUUUAUCUCCAAACUGGAUUGAUGCACUACUUAAAGGAAACUGUGAACUUCCUUCUCUGACAGAUGAAGAAAAAUCUGUAAUCUCCAGGUUUUGUGUAAACGAGUUAUUAACGGAGACAUUUCUGAAAGUGGUUUUGGACAAGAUCAAGGCGGAGAAAGAGUCUAUGGGAAAUGAACUCCUGCAGUCUCUCUGUAGGGUUUAUGUGGGAUUGUGUCAAAAGAGAGGAGACUCUCAUAAAGCACAUGCCCUCGCCUACAGAUUUCUUAAAGAAGACUUUUCUGAAGUCCCAAAACUGAUAAUGGUCAUGGUGACAGCAUGGCCAAGUGUUUUCUCCCAAAACAGCCCUUUAUGCAGAGCCAUUCACAUCGUGUGCAAAAUGAAGGCAUACGGAAAGAUUUAUUACGUGCUCAGCAAAUAUCUGCACUGGGAUACGGAGCCUCCUGGAGACAUCUACAGAACCAUCACCCGCACACUGAAGGCUCUUCUGAAAGACAAAAGUCUGACAUUCCAGAAGAGCAGUUGGUAUGGUGAUGAUCUCUGUCCUGCUGCCUGGGACUACGUAUUCAGCCUGGACCUUCUCUGUGCACAACUGGGCUGGAUUUGGACCGUCUCCCAUGUUAUACGAAAGGAUGUUUGGCUCAUCUUGAAUACUUGGCUGAAACAAACACAAACAGAGGAAACAAAAUUUAGAAACGUCUCUGUAGCAGCAAUAUUCAGGCUACUUGGGCAACUUGGCCAAAAAGCCCUUAGGGAGAACGUGGCAGCAUCAGUCGAGGAUCUGGCAAAACGCAUAACUAAGUUCAGGAGACAAAAUGAUUUGCCGUGGGAGGUGCAGCUCGCUGUGGUUUAUGCCACUCAUGAUCUGGCACCCAGCAACCCCAAAGUCGCUCUGAAGGCUUUGGAAUCAUGGAAGCAAAACCUCACAAAGCCCGUUCCUCCAGCCGUCACCAAGUGCCUUGAGCAGAUCAGCCAACUCUGUUCUCAAACAAGAAAUUGUAUCACAUUAAAUAAUGUUUAA